AUGUCUGGAAAUUGCUCCGACAUUGUCGCCGGCGGAGUUGCGGCAGAAUUGAUUUUAAAAUACAACGUGGCUGCCAUCAUUGGACCGGCAUGCAUCGAAGAAAUCAAAUCUGUAGCACCGCUCUCUACGUAUUACAAUGUUCCUACAUUUGCUUGGGGAUUGGCGACCUCUAGUCUGAGUGAAGAGGAGAGAUAUUCUUCCGUCAUGACAGUUAGAAGUACAGGACAAGACUUUGCUGCGGCACUCAUGGAUAUCAUAAAUCAUUUCAAAUGGGAACAAUUUGCAACGAUAUAUUAUGGCGAUGAAUGUGCGGAUUUCCAUGAGGAGCUGGUGGUAAGCUGUUUAGGAAGUAUAUCGGCCAUACAGUCGUCUACAAAAAAAAACAAUUCAUUAAUCCUAGUUGGAUAAAU